CCGUCUCCCAUCUUUCGAGAGCUGCACGAUCGACAACUUCUAGGGGCUGACCACACUAGACGUGCAGAUUGUCUUACAGUUGAAUUAUCAGUUUGCAAGCAGACUAGAAUGUACUCGACCAAAACGUUUCCGUUGUUGCUGUUUGCAACUUGUCUUCUACAUAUCGCUAUGGGGCAAAGUGAAGCGACUGCUAUCAAGGACCAAGUUAGCUCUAUCGCAGCAGAUUGUUGCAAACCUUUACCGCCCGCAUGCAGAGAUGGUAGAGACGGAAAAGACGGUAGAGAUGGCAGAGAUGGAUCGAAGGGAGAACAAGGAGAGAAAGGACAAGAUUGCAAUCGACUUCAGGAAAUGAUUGUAUCACUAAAGCAAGAUAUCAAUGAACUGCAAAAAAAGUACAACCACGUGGUAGAAAGACUACUAGCUAGCGCAUCUCUUCUUCACCAUAAUUAUGAUCAUUCUGCUCUGUCUCAAGGUUGGUGGUCUCCUGUAUUUGUUUACAGAGUAUAUCACCUCGCUUCAUAUGAAAAUUACGAAAGUAUUUCCUUUCAAAUCGGCAAUAAACAAUACGUUGCCGUGCCCAACUACAGAAACAACAACAACAGAUACGACACUGACUCUGUUAUUUACAAAUACGAAGGAAACGAGUUCGUCAGAUAUCAAAGUAUUAGAACUGACGGAGCUAAUGGAGAAAGAUUUUUUGAAAUAGAAUCUGAACACUUCCUUGUGAUCGCACAGCAUUACGGUCAAACAGAUAAACAUGCCGUCAGUUCUACAAUAUACAAGUGGGAUGGAAUAAAAUUCAAAAAAUACCAACAGCUGAAAACUAGAAGUGUUUCGACUGCGUGCCAUUUUACAAUCGACAGCAAACACUAUCUAGCAUUUGGGAAAGGAACUACUGGCGAUAAUUCUAAGUCUCAAAUUUACGUAUGGAACGGAACACAGUUUCAAUUCUAUCAACAUCUCACGUCGCACAGAACAGUAAAUAUUCAAUCAUUUCAAGAAAACGGUUCUCAUUACUUGUUUUUGUCGUCCUUCCAAGAUAGAAGUGACGAUUCAUACAACACAAAUUCAUUUCUAUUCAAAUGGUCAGGAGCUCAGUUUGAACUGCACCAAAGUAUCCCAACACGUGGAUGCAGAUUCCCGUGGAUAUAAAACAAAUUCAGAAAUUUACAUUUGG